GAUGUUUCAUCGAGAAUCGGUGAUAUCCCUAGUAAUCACUGUUUCAGUUGUCAUAGCAACCUUUCGGCAGCAGACUUUAUUUUUGUCUGAAUCUAAAAAUAUCACCGGAUGUGAUGUGUACUAUGAUCACAUUUCAACGGUUCAGUUGUGUUUCCGGCAUUGCUCUAAGAAUCACGGAGUUUUAUCCAGUAGCAUGUGGCAUUCAGCAACAAAAAGAUGCGGUUGUUGUAAAUGUGAGCCGAUUGGUAAUAAUUAUUUUGCUUCAACUCCUUGGAAAAUAUUAACGCCAGAGUUGUGUUUCAAAGGCUACAGUUACUUCUCUCACAAUGGCACGGGCUCCUGCUUCCGAUUCGUGUCGGAGCCAAAAAAUUACAGUACGGCUCUUCUGGACUGUGUAAAGGAUGGGGGACAUCUUGUCAGGAUAUCCUCCCCAGGAAAAAAUCAACUGUUCAUAAAAUAUCUUGAUAUCCAGUGCAAUUCACCUUCAAGCGUAUGGAUUGAGGGAAAACUUCUGCCUAACAACUGUACCUGGGUUUUCGAAGAUAAAACAGUUAUAACCUAUGAGAACUGGAAAUACAACAAGCAUUGUACUUAUCCCGAAGAAACACGAAAAAGAGCGGAAGCGAAGGACGGAUAUAAAUGGUUCGACAAUAAUGGUACCAAAAUGAUGUCCUACCUAUGUGAGGCAGAAGUAGCUGAUUGAGCGUUAGGCUGAAAAUUAUUAAAAGAGAUUUUGAAAGAUUUCCACUUUAUUUUGGUUAUCCCACGUCUAGUACUGCAGGGGUAUAUGGUUUUCAUUGGUCGUGAUUGACAUUUGUAAGACUAAUUACUAU